AGAGAACACUUGGCUUUUAAUUAUUCUAUUUUACUUCCACUCCGGCCGUUUUGUUCUUUUCUGUUUACGCAGACCCGCUCUUCAUUGUUUCGCCGGCAGCCUCGAACGAAAGAUGGGGGAACAGAGAAACAGAGGCACCACAGAGCCGCUUUAACCUCUCCAUUGCAUCUUCUUAAUACCGUUCAUCUUAAUGUUAAUAACAAUGGGACUACCAAUAUUCUUUCUGGAACUGGCAAUUGGACAGUAUUCUGGACUCGGGCCUAACAAAGCGUUCACCCGAAUAGCACCAGCUUUUCAGGGUGUCGGUUACGGCACCCUCGUCGUCAUUUUGUUGGUAAUGGUUUACUACAUGGUGAUCGUGGCUUGGACUCUCUUCUACACUUUCGUUUCGUUCAUGCCGAAGCUGAAGUGGGCCUACUGCGACAACGAUUUUAAUACGAACGAUUGUUAUAGCGGACUGCAGGAGAUCGAGUGUCAACAAAUCGACUCGGGGAUGAUAUUUUAUAACAGAACUUGUUUGCCUGCGAAAGAUGUCUGCCAGAGUCUUGGUUUUCAUGGAGGUAAUGUUACGUAUUGUUUCGAUGGCGACAGGGUUGAACCGCUUCGACAACUUUAUAAACGGGUACUGUCUUCGGAAGAAUAUUACAACGACUAUGUGCUGGGUGUACGGGGAGCCACGUGGGAACAUUUCGGAGGCAUAAGAUGGGAAUUGUUGGGAUGUCUCACCCUCGCCUGGAUAAUCUGCUUCCUGUGCCUGAUGCGUGGUGUCCAGUCCAUCGGGAAAGUCGUCUACUUCACCGCCCUUUUCCCUUACGUCAUGCUCACGGCGUUACUGAUACGAGGUGUGACAUUAGACGGAGCCGGAGAGGGUGCACUUUGGUUCAUCACUUUCAACUGGUCCAACCUAGCAUCCACCACCAUCUGGGGACAAGCUGCCUCUCAAGUGUUCUACUCGCUUGGAAUCGGUUGUGGCUCACUGAUCACCCUUUCAAGCUACAGUAAAUUCAGCAACAACUGUCACAGGGACGCGAUUUUCGUGACUAUUACGAACCUGCUCACCUCGAUAUUCGCUGGCUUCGUGAUAUUCUCCAUCAUGGGAUUCCUCUCUAAGCAAAUGGGGUUACCGAUAGGCCAAGUAAUCAAAAGCGGCACCGGGCUGGCUUUUAUCGCGUACCCGGAAGCAGUGGUACGGAUGCCUUGGCCCAACGUCUGGGCCGUUCUAUUCUUCGCCAUGCUGUUCAUUCUCGGUAUCGGUAGCCAAUUCGCAGGCGUGCAAGCGAUAAACACCGCCAUAUUGGACCAACGGCCGGAUUUACGGAAACACGAGAGCUACGUGGUGCUCGGUAUAUGCGUCACUUGUUGGCUGUUGGCUAUACCGAUGCUGUUCGACGGCGGUAUUUACCUGUUCACGCUGAUGGACUGGAACACCGCUUCUUGGGCGAUACUAUUGAUCGGCAUCGCCGAGGUUGGCGCGGUAUCCUGGUGUUACGGCUGCAACAAAUUCCUGCGUAACAUCGCCGAAAUGCAAAUGCGGUUCGGCCUUUUCCUGCGUUGCUAUUGGUGGCUCAGCUGGGUCGUGCUCGCGCCCGUCACCUGUCUGGCAGUGUUCGUGUAUCAAAUGUACACGUACGAGUUAGCAUCGUACGGCGAAUACGUAUUCCCAGUUUGGGCGAAUGUGAUUGGAAUACUAAUCGGUUUGUCGACCCUGGCGCCCCUGCUCUUCUUUUUCCUGCAUCGGCUCUGGAGGGAUCCGUGGGAUCGGAGUUUGUUUCGACCCGCGAAGACGUGGGGACCGGCCGUCGGGAAAAAUGCGGACAACGAGGACCCCUUUACGGCGACCGUCAAAAACGAACAAGCGACGUGAGACAAAAGGCGAGAGUUUGUUAAACUCAAUAAAAUUAUUUUAUAUGGUUU